UUUAAUUAUAUUUUAAGCUUUUAUCCAUUUAGUUAUAACCUUUUUUACAUCCCUUCUUGCAUUAUGGAGUUUUCACUAUCUGUCUCAUAAUAUUGCAUAUUUCUUCUUUCCAUUUGUAUUUAUGCUUGUUAUGUACUGUAUGUCUGUGAAUCAUGUUAAAAACAUAUUUUUGACUCACUAUCUGAUUUUAUUUAGUAUAUCCCUCCGUCAAAGCAUAAGUGAGACGUAUUCCUUUUUUGUACGUCUCAACCUAAGUGAGACGUUUCCUUUUUUGGCAACAAUCAACUCACUCCUCUCACCUACUUUAUCCUCUCAUCUCUCCUACUUUAUCUUCUCUCUUACUUUAUUCUCUCUUCCUCUGUGGAAUUACCGAUGGCUGACCAUCUGUCGGUAACUACUGACGGAUAUCGGUGUUACCAACGGAUUUUCUGUUGGCCAUAACUAAUAACAAAUUACCGACGUGCGCAUUACCGACGGACAAAUAUGUCGAUAAAGCAGUUUACCAACCGGAAAUUUUGAAUUACCCGCGGAAUUUUCCGUCGGGUGGAAGAAACAUGGCAACAAUCUCUCUUCCAAGGGUGAUCGUGAUCAAAUCGAAAGCGUACGGAAGUAAAGGCCAUGCUUACUUCAAGGCUGAUGGCGCAUCAGUAGUUUUGGGAGAAGAGGACAUAUUCAGCACGCUCGUCAAGAUUGAUGUGGAGCGUUCUAUCACCAACGCCAAAUAUGUCAACCUCAAAUUCGGCUAUUUCAACAGAUACUGGCGCCGCAAAGAAAAUGACAAAUUCAUCAUUGCUGAAUCCAACCAGGCGGAAGAGGACGUCUCAAAGCCCUCCUGCACCUUGUUUGAGCCCGUCAAGGUUGAUGAUGCCGGGGUGUUUUACUUCAGGCACGUCCAGAGUGGAGGUCGCGUGUUAGUGGAUGCAUCGAGCAUGAGGUUUUACGUGGAUGAGAAAGCCGGCAAUGAUGACAAAAGUUACCUAACUUUUGUGGACUGGAAUACAUUACUUAAAUUGCCGAGCAAGGUGGCAUUUAAGGGGAAUAAUGGCAAGUACCUCUUCAGUACAGAUACAGCAACGGCACCUUUAUUUAAGGCCGAAGAUCCUAAUGACGAAAGAGCUAUCUUCAUAGUGGAGAUGAAGCCAGACGGACAUGUCCGAAUAAUAGCCCCUGCUUGGUUUGGAGGACUUUAUGGAUUUUCCUUGUCGGGAUUGACCGGUGGACCUGAAUAUGUGGUAAUGUACGCACAAGGCGAGACGAAUAAAUUACUGGCUUCCAAAAUCGAUGAAAAUUCAAUUGCGCUCCGCAGUACAACCAACAAUAACUUCUGCCGCAUGCAAUAUAUUGCGAAGUUGAAUGACUAUUUUCUCUGCGCAGACACUCCGACUAUAACCGAUGCCGCCAAACUUAAAGUGGAAGAGCGGGUGCUGGAACGAAAAAUCUACAACGUGGUGUAUCAGAUGGAGUAUGCUCGGAUUUUCAACGAGGCGCCUUAUGUGGCAGGCUCAUCCACGCUUAUCAACGACCAGCCUCAGGCGGCUUCCAUGAAGGCCGAAGUUGAAUAUACAGACGAGAGAUCUUAUAGUUUCAGCCGAAGUCAAUCACUGACUGCAGGCUUCAGCACCACCAUCGAAGCUGGUGUGCCCUUCAUUACAAGUAUAUCGAUUACAAUGGGUUUUGACAUAAGUGAGGAAUUGCAGUGGGAUGAAACCACAAAAACUUCAACCACCAUUAAAGGCUCUGCGAUGGUUCCUGUGCCUGCCAUGUCUACCGUUACAGUUGAUUUUGUGGGAACAAGAGGCACCUGCAACAUUCCUUUUUCUUACACUCAGGAAGACAAGAGCUCCUCCGAUGCCCAAAUUUCUUACACCGAUCACGUUGAUGGUACUUACACCGGCGUCAGCUAUUACAGCUUCAGCUUCCAUGUCAGAGAAACCAAGUCACUCUGAACUACCACUUGUGUGCCAAACAUCCAUAGCAUUUUACUAUUUUAUUUUAUUUUUGUUCAUUUGUGUGCUUUGUUUCAUGAGCUUUCGUUUCCUUUUGUCGUCGUUAUGCUAAUAAUUUCCAGAUACACGUAUGUAUCUGAUGAUUCGAUGUUGCUUCAUAUGUACAAAAUGUGUGGUUGAUUUGAAUCAUAUAUGGAUGUCUAGUUUGUGUAGUAAA